GGAAUUUCGAUGGUUAACGACAUGGCGGUCGUGGAUCACCAGGCGAACGUUUGUUUCUUGGAGAGCAUGAGGGAAAGUAUCGAUGAAGUGCUCUCUGGCAGUAGCAUGGCAGACGAUGUGGCACUCGGAGCACACCUUGGGAUGAUCGAGCACGCGAAGAGCUUCAAGGACGUGUUGUGCAGCAAAGAUACGGACGUCAUCCUGUCGGGAUACGAGGGCUUGGUGAGGCGGCCCAUACGCGUGGGCAGAACAGCAGAAGCCUUCCUCAACGGGGUGGACAGUGCGGACGGUGGGGGCAGGGGGUACCCCUAAAGAUUCGCCGUCGCGUCGGGGGGUUUUGGUGCCAAGUGCAACACCGAAGCGUUGAGGCUGUCUAUGUCAGUACGUGUAGCAGUCAUUGGUGCGGCCAUUAUACGCGUCAAGGAAUUCAUCAGCGGUCCGGGGUACUGUGGCCUCUACUGUACACUACAGAGGUGCUUACCGGUGAUUGCCUCACUGACUUUGCUCCAAUGCAUUUUGGCGUGACGUAUUUUUUCAUGUUCCAGUCGUACUUCGACCUGGCGAAAAAUGCCUAAAAGCACCAGUUCGUCAAGGCCCUGGGCACCGAAAUGAAAAAGGAUGGGGUGGUCCCCGGUUUACAUUUGGAAAGCGAAUAAUUGGUCAAAUUUGUCGCGCUCGCGUACUUUGGAAAUGAACAAGUGGUUGUUUGCUUAUGCGUUGCCG